CCCCCCCUCCCUAUAUAAACUCCACCACAGCUGGAGGGGCGAGACCCAACACAUCUGUGCUGCCCCGGCCUGUCCCCACCUGGGGGAGAAGCGUCAGCUCCGGGGUUGUGUCCUGGCUUGCAGCAGCCACACACACAGUGCGGUCUAGUGUGCGCUGCCUCGGCUCCUCUACAUACCUGGGUGAGGAGACGCCUGGGAAGCCCGUCGUCCGUACCUACCUAGUGAGAGGAUCGCCCUCCACCUACCCGUUUCCCUGUGAUCUGUAGAGCCGUGACCAUGAGGGUCCUUCUGACCUUCGGGGUCUUGAUGGGUGCUCUCGGCCUUCUGCACCCCGUCUCAGGAUUUCCUUUUAUUCUCACCCAGCUGAGCACCCGUAAAAGCAGCUGCAAGGCUAUCCCGAGCAGCAUGACGCUGUGCCACGGAGUGGGAUACAGCGAGAUGCGUCUGCCCAACCUGCUGGGACAUGACACCAUGAAAGAGGUUCUGCAGCAGGCCGGCUCCUGGGUGCCGCUUCUCACCAAGCAGUGCCAUGGAGACACCAAGAAGUUCCUGUGCUCUCUGUUUGCCCCGGUGUGCCUCAGCGACCUGGAGGAGGCCAUUCACCCCUGCCGCUCCCUGUGUGAGGAGGUGCGGGACGGCUGCACCCCCGUCAUGGCCGCCUUUGGGUUUCCCUGGCCAGACAUGUUCAAUUGCUCCCAGUUUCCAGAAGGGAAUGAGCUGUGUGUGCCCCCUGCUGGUCAGGAUGAUAAGUUCCCAUUGGUGAAAGAAGAGCUCCCGUGUCCCGCCUGUCACAGCGCCUCCGACAGCGAGAAGGAAUUCCUGCAGGAUUUCUGCUCUCGUGACUUUGCCAUGAAGGUGACUAUCCGCUCGGCCUCCUCUGUGGACGGGGACGUCAUCGUGAUUCCGGAGGCGAGGAGCCGGACGGUGUAUAAGGCCAAAGGCUGGACGGAGGAGGAGCUGAAGAAGACCACCCUGUGGCUGACCGACGGCGACAGCUGCAUAUGCCCGGACCUGCAGGAGCCGGGGGCCGUGGUGCUGGUCAUGGGGCACCGGGCCGACGACCGCCUCGCCAUCUCCUGGGUCAGGAAGUGGCAGAAGAGCGAAAAGGAAAUGAAGAAAUUUUCCAGGACUGUGAGGAAGCUCCAGUGUUAGAGGUGUGAUGGGAGGAGGAGGAGGCCCAUCAUGGUCUGAUGGCUCAUCAUCCUCACCUCUGACCAGACGAUCAGCCCACGGCCGCCCCAAUAAUGCCCAAGUGUGAUGAGAUAAUGUAACCGCCAUUAUGUACCCGCCUACAAAUCAUAUCUCCUCCCUAUAGGCCAGCACAGGGGGGUGUGGUCACUGUGGGCGGAGCCUCUUUAUAGCCCUGGGACUGUAAAUAUGGAGCAAAAAGAAAAUGCAAAAACAUUACUCCUUGUCCAGGCGCCGCUGCCCCCGGUGGCCACCGUGAGCGUGUGUGUGUCCAGAGCGUUUGAUGCUCCUUUUUGUUAUCCUCGGAAGACUUUUAUUUUAUAUUUUUAUGUAUUUUGGGAAUAAGGAGGGGACCGGGGUCCUGAGAACUUUAGAUAAGUACAUGUGACUGUUCCUUUAAAAACCAAGAGAGAAGUAAACAGGAUUUUGUGUCUAGGACCACCCACUCCUUAAAGGGAUAGUACGGCUUGUGCCUUCCUGGAGGACCUGACAUGUGAAUGGACACAGUGUAAUACUUCAUGUCCCCUGUGGUGGCGCCGCAGGGACGUUAAGACUUGCUGACGGCGUCCGCCACAGAGCAUCGGGACAACCUGUGAUCGGCUUAUCUGACAAUAAAGGAUUGGCGAGGGCGGAGCGUUCCAUGGCGGGUUCUUCUAGGAGUUUACGACGCUCCCCCCGGUUCUGUCCUCAGGUCAUUGCUGAUUCUGCCUGUGUCUGUUACAAUGUAUCGUAUCCAUAGUAACCAGACAGGCCGCUCCUCCCUGCACCGUCCCCGGCCGCCGUAUUAAUCAGAUUUUUCUAUAAAUACAUCUGUUUGGAGCA